GCCGUUCUUCACUCAAGGCAAACCCUAGUUAUUCUCUUUCAAAGGGUUUUCAUAGUCAUAAUUUAUAUAAAAAAAACUGCUUAAACAACAAAAAUUCGAAGAAACCCUAUUGAGAAUCUGAAUAGAACUUGGAUUAUCAAACUGGGUUUUAUUUGUUAUACGAGACAGUCGUGUGGAAAGUCAGAAAUUCUUUGUCUUUUUUUUUUUGCAGUAUUCUGAAACAGAGAGAUGGUCAGUGGGGCAAGAACCGAAGGGCAUAUCUCAGCGCGAGUGAGCAAGACAAUACAAUCAAUCAAGGAAAUAGUCGGUAAUCACUCUGAUGAUGAUAUCUACGUUGCCUUGAAAGAGGCCAACAUGGAUCCUAACGAAACUGCCCAAAAGCUGCUUCAUCAAGAUACAUUUCAUGUGGUAAGGAGAAAAAGAGAUCGGAAGAAAGAGAGCAUUGAGCACCAAAGUUCCAUGGAUACUAGAAAAUUUUCUGAGAAUGUUGAUCAAGGGAUGAGAUUACGUACAUAUACUGAACGUGAUUCUCGAAGAGGAGGCUAUACUUGGACUACUUUGCCUGGUAAUGUAGGAGUCAAUAGAGAGUUUCGUGUUGUAAGGGACAACAGAGUCAAUCAAAAUGCAAAUAAAGAUAUGAAGCCUCCUUUGUCACAAUGCUCAACUUCUUUAAAUGAACAAGUGCCCAAGAAUGUUCCUGUAAAAGGUUCAACAGGAACUCCAAAUAAUCAGAGACCCUUUAGUUCUCAAAGUUCAUCUCAAACUUCUAGCACACCAUCCAGUUCACGUGCUGGGCAAUCCCGAGAUGCAAAUUUAGGUGGUGUUUCUAGGAAAGAAAUAUCAGAGGAAAAGCGGAGUUUUAUUCCUAAUGCUGCUUUGCGGUCAAAGGCGGUGAAAUCCAAUAACUUUCAAGCAAAUUCUGGCACUCAAUCAUCGAGCAGUUCAAUUGUUGGGGUUUAUUCGUCAUCUACAGAUCCUGUACAUGUGCCUUCUCCUGAUUCCAGAUCAUCUGGUGCUGUUGGAGCUAUCAAGCGUGAAGUUGGGGUUGUCGGUGUUCGCCAUCCUCCUCCCGAAGAUGCUGGCAAAGAUUCAUCUGGAAGAAAUGCUCUUCCCAAUUCACUUGUAGGGAGGGACAGUUCAUCAGAGGCAUUUCAACCUUUUCCUGCAAUUUCCAGAGCAGACCGAGAGGUCCGGGAUAGUCCUCGUAGUGCUGCUGAAUCUGCCAUAUCUGGUAUUUCUGGUAGUAGAUCAUUUGUGAGUAAUCCGUUUGGGAGUAGGCAACAUCAACAGGUUUUAGUUCAUCAAAAAGCUAACCAACAUAACAAAGAGUGGAAACCAAAAGCAAGCCAAAAGUCAAGUGUUAAUAAUCCUGGAGUUAUUGGAACACCUAAGAAGUGUGCUUCACCUGCAGCUAAUGAUGCCAAGAAUUUGGAGUCUGAAACUGAUAAAUUGCAAGAGAAGUUUUCUCAAGUUAGUAUCCAUGAAACUGAGAAUGUCAUCAUAGCACAACACAUUCGUGUCCCAGAGAAUGAUCCCCACCGACUUACCUUCGGCAGCUUUGGAGUGGAACACAAUUCUUCAAGGAAUUUUAAUCCUGGUUUUGAUGCCACUAGUGUUGCAGAAGACUCAAAUGGAGAAUCUGCUGCAAGUUUACCUGUGUCUCCUCUGGAUACUUCCAGUGAUGACGCUGCUGCUGGCAAGCCCAUUAGCAUUUUAGAUGAUCAACUUAGAAAUUCUGGAUCUGACUCUCCACCAUCUGGUACUGCAUCCGAGCAUCAAAUGUCUGAUAAGAAGGAUGCUCCAAGACCCCUGAAUCUUGGCAGGUAUGCCGAUAUUGGAACGGUCCAGGAUAACAGUCAAUCCUAUGCACCUUCGGAGUCACAACGGCAGCAAGAUCCUCCUGAAUUACCUGAUUUUCCACAGGCAUAUGAUCCCCAAACUGGUUAUGAUUUUCCAUAUUUUAGACCCUCAAAAGAUGAAACUGCAAGGGGGCAGGGUCUACCAUCUCCUCAGGAGGCCAUUAGCAUGCAUGCUGCCAACACCCCUGCAUCAACGAUACCAAUGGUGCAACAGCAGCAGCAACCCCCAGUAGCGCAGAUGUAUCCUCAAGUUCACAUGCCCCAUUUUGCUAAUCUUAUGCCGUAUCGUCAAUUUGUCUCCCCAAUUUAUCUGCCACAGAUGGCGAUGGCAGGUUAUUCCAGUAAUCCUGCUUUUCCGCAUCCAUCAAAUGGCAGCAGUUACUUGCUCAUGCCAGGCGGUAGCACUCAUAUUGGUGCAAAUGGCGUCAAGUAUGGGUUACAACAGUUCAAACCAGUCCCUGCAGGCACUCCUACUGGGUUUGGAAACUUUACCAGUCCGUCUGGGUAUGCAAUCAAUGCUCCUGGCGUAGUUGGGAGUGCAACAGGUCUUGAAGAUUCAUCUCGGACCAAGUAUAAAGAUGGCAAUAUCUAUGUUCAAAAUCAACAGGAUGACACAUCAGAUUAUUCAGAUCUCUGGACGCAGAACCCGAGGGAGCUACCGAACAUUCAAUCUGCUGCAUACUACAAUAUGCCACAAACACCACACGGUUAUAUGCCAUCUCCCACAGGCCAUGCUUCUUUUAAUGCUGCUGCCCCACAAUCUUCUCACAUGCAAUUCUCGGGGUUGUACCAUCCUCCACAGCCUGGCACAAUGGCAAACCCGCAUCAUCUGAACCCUGCAAUGGGUGCCAAUGUUGGUUUCGGGGUUGCUCCAGCUGCUCCUGGGGCUCAAGUAGGUGCUUACCAACAGCCUCAAUUGGGUCAUCUUAGCUGGUCAUCGAACUUCUGAAUGGUAUCAAGCUAACUCUCUCUUGUAAGGGAGUGAAGUAGUUAUAUAGGAAGUUCUAAAAUUUCUUUGUGCAAUAACCCACAAUAUUUUUAAUUCAAUGCGUAAUGGUGUUUAAUCUCUUCCAACUCCCUCUUAA